GUAGUCGCGUGAUAAUGACGCAAAUUGUUGUGGUUUGUGAGUCACGCGGUGGUGCACCGUCCCAGUAUCGGUGCUGCGCUUUUUUAGUCUCUGUGCUUAGAAAUAUGCAGCGUCGCCGCCUGAAAAGGAGAAAAUAACACUUUGAUGGUUAGAGGAACCUUUUUCCGAGGACCCUCCUGUCUAGGACCAAAAUGUUGAGGAUUCUUGUUCUAGCAUUAGGCUGUAUUCUUGCUUUUGUGGAAUUUGUUGAUGUUUCCGACCAUGCACACGUCAGAGUGGUGGGAGGAAACAGCGCCUGUUCUGGCAAGGUGGAGAUUUAUCUUGGACUCCAGUGGGGCACUGUAUGUGACCAAAGUUGGGACCUGAAUGAUGCCCAUGUGGUGUGCCGAGAGUUGGGCUGUGGGCCGGCCAUCAACUCUCUUUCUGGCGGCAUGUAUGGGUCGACCUACGGAGCAAUCUGGCUGAAAGGUGAGCCGUGUUCUGGUCAGGAACACAACCUGGCUCAGUGCUCCAAAUUUCGGAUGUGGAGCUCAGCCAGCGACGAGGUCUGCAGUGAGCACAACAUUGCAGGGGUGCAAUGCUCAGUUGCGUUAAAGAGACCUACGCUUUCCCUGCUUUCUGCUUAUUCUGCAUACUCUACUGGAGAAGCAGUACGUUUCAGCUGCACGGCUCCUUCCAACCACUACGCUAUUUUUGACUUCCAUCUGUUUAAGAGUGGUGCUGGGACACCACUGGUAACCCAGGGGACUGGAGCUCCGCGAACUCGGGCUGAGCUGACGCUUUUUGAUGUGGAUGCAUCAUACCAGGGCAGGUACACCUGCCUGUACACUGUGCAAACUGGAGUGGCCUUUAAUUCGCCUGAAAGCAACUCCAUUGACAUCAUCGUGUUGGACCUACACACGCCACAGAUCUGGUACAACACUUCGGUGGGGGCCCCACCUGGAGGGGUGACCCGGGGAGGCACAUUGAACAUUACCUGCUCUACCUCAUCAUGGUAUCCAGGGGGCUUCUUCCAGCUCCGGCUGAUCCGGUCCAAUGGCACAGUGCGCCACUCCGUAUCUGCCCCCAGCUCGUCCCGCACCUUUUUCUUCCCAAAUGCACAGGCGCCCCUUGAGGGCUACUACCGAUGUGCGUACCAUAUUCAGAUGGGGGGGCGCACGUUCAUCUCGCGGGAGAGCCAGCCCUUGCCGAUCUCAGUCAGAGACCCAGAGCCGCUGUUAAGCCCAAUGGCAGUGAGCUGGUUAGUGUCAGGUGUAACAUUAAUUGUGGCCAUAUUUAUGAUUCUCAUCACUGCAUGGGUACGGUAUAAGAAGAAGAAGAAAAAACCAGUUGAACUGGAAAGAGACAGUAGGACAUGUAUAGACAACACCUAUGUAUCAUUGCCAGUUAAGUAAAGGCAGGAUCAAAGCCCAAAAAGCAUCAAAGGUACUGUGGAUGAAACACAUACUCAAGAAGGGUGUGGUAUUCUUGGAGUUGGUAGUGGCCAGCUGUCUUUUGUGACUGGAAAUGGGUCAGUUGGGAGAGACGCUCCACACGUUGAUCUUGCAUUAUCACCUACCUUUUAUGAAUAAAUGAUAGAGGAUUCCAUCCUGUUGUAAAAUAACACUGAAUGGAUCAUCCAUAUCAUUGACUGCAAAAUGCUGUCUUGGUGCCCAGUAAGAUGCCAACUCCAGCAUCAGUGAUGUCAGAACUUCAGAUGUUCAUUUCCUGGGCACCAGGUUCUGAUGAAAAUCUCCCUUUUUGUGGGUCCUUGGCAGAUUCUUCAUCAAUAUUUGUCUGUCUAAUCAAGAAACAUCUCCAGGUUUCAAAUAUUUUGGUUAAGCUUUACAUUAACUGCACCUUCAUAAUGCCUCUGUAAUGCAUCUGUAGAACAUUCAGUGCACCUUCAUAAUGCAUUCAUAGAACAUUAUAAAAACCUGCAUAUACACUGGCCCUUUACAGGUAAUAUUGACCACCCCUAGGGUAGACAAAAUGCUGAAUAUUUUUGUUUACAUCAUUUAAGUACGAUGUCAGCAGUAAAAUUCAUUGCUGUUGAUAGGAACCUAUAACAUGUGUACCCAAACACGUUGUUUCAUUGUAGUUAUCCUGUUUAAUUAUACCUCUGUGAAAUAAAUGUAUUGCUCAGUGUU